AUGACUCCAGAACAACAUAAUAUUCAAGUUGGACAAGAGGAAAGUUCUAAGAUGUGUCACAGGGUUCCGAGGAUAUUUCGUAGGAAUCCAUCCAGCAACGAGGAUUGCUACAAUCCCCUUGUGGUAUCUAUUGGUCCUUACCACCACAACGAUGAUCCUAAUCAUGAGCUUGCUGAGAUGCAGAGCCUCAAGAAUGAAAUGGUGGAACAGUUUGCCAACAAGAGUAGGAAAACCAGGGAAUUCUUGUACAGAAACGUGGCAGAAUUGGCCAACUCUGCAAGGAAAUGCUAUGAUGAAGAUUCAACAAAAGACUUGGACGACAACGCAUUCACGGAGAUGAUGCUCCUUGAUGGUUGCUUCAUUCUCCAAUUUAUCUUCUGCUUCUUGCGCGAUCCUCAGAAUCUGAAGCUAAGUAACCGAGUUCUUGCUUAUUUUGUUAAACGUGACUUGUUCUUACUAGAGAACCAACUCCCUUACGAAGUUCUUACGUCGUUGAUGAGCUUAGGGUUUGGUAAUGCCGAAGGAAAGAAGCUGAUGAAAGAUUUCAUGGACGAAGUUCGUGGACUUCCCAGAGAUAAAAGUAGAGACAAGGAGAAUGGAAAGGGCUUGGAUUGCAGAUUUUGGUCACGGCGACCAGCACCAAAGAUGAACAAUCAACCACGUCAAAUACCUCAAACAGGUGAAAUACCUCAACCAGGUGAAAUACCUCAACCAGUCCAUCUUCUUGACUUUUUUCACAAACGAUUCAUGGGGGAAAGAGGCCAAGGAAAUCCCUCUCUAAGGGGUGAUGGUCAAUGGCCCUCGUAUCGUUCUGUCAUGGAGCUGAAGUCGGUGGGAAUCCACUUCAUGCCAAGCAAGACUGAUAUGUACACAGAUCUCCGAUACAAAUCAACAAUGCGUGGCGGAACAGUCACACUUCCUCGAAUAGUCAUAGACGACGGUACUAAGUCCUUGCUUUUAAACCUGAUGGCCCAUGAAGCAUGCCCUGGAUCAGCUGAGGGGUUUUGGGUCACUUCUUACGUAUGCUUCUUGGACUCAUUGAUUGAUCACUCUGAAGAUGUGAAAGAACUGCGGAAAAAGGGCAUAUUAUCCAAUGUUCUUGGAAGCGACCAAGAGGUUGCAGAUCUCUUCAAUGAAAUUUCCAGUUUCAUGGUGUGCGACCCUAAUACUUACGGUAAUGUUAAAUCCAGUAUUGAGGAGCAUUGCAAGAAUGUCAUCAAGAAAUGGUUAGCAGAGUGGUUGCAUGAUCAUUUUAGCAGCCCUUGGACCUUUUUGGCAUUUGUCGGUGCAAUCGUUGCCCUCGUACUUACCUUCAUCCAGACCUAUGAAACACUAUACCCAGGUAACCAGUAA